AUGUGCUCGAUAUCGGCAGAAGGAGAAGCUUGCACGACGUCUGAAAGUCCCAAGGAGACGGACGACCUCAUAAAGGUCCGCACGAAAGCCCUCACCAUCAACUAUGCCCUCAACACAAGAGACUUUGGCUUGCUAUCGGAUUGUCUCAGCGAGAAUUUCGUCGGGCAUUGGGCCUUCUUUCCCGAUACAGCGUUGGACAAAGACAGCUUCAUCGACUCAAUUCGUCACAAUGCUGAGCAAUAUCCCAAUUGGCAGUGCAAGGCCAUCGACAUAUACCUGCAUGGUAAAGGGAAAUCUCGCCAAGGUCUGCCAGAAUGGAUCAGCAUGAUGGUGGACUGCCAGCAGACUGGGGUGCCUGAUGGAAUCGUCAGGAAGACCUUCAUGUUGCUGGAGUUUCGGCGACCAGAGACGGAAGGUGCUGUUGCAGGGAGCGGAGCUGAGUGGCUGUGCACGAGCUUGAAAGCCACGCAAGGGUUGGUUGCAGGAGAUGUGUGGUUCAUCUAA